CGGAUAUAUCAAAAACACAGCAUAGCCUGCGCGCAUACAAAUUCAUUACGUCACGCAUUCCGAGGCGGUCGAAACGGUAGCGGUUGCCGUAAGGAAAAGCGCCCUACGAUCAGCCUCGCGUCAAGACAGAUGAAAAAAAGGGGCCAUCUGUCAGUCGGUCCGUCCGUCCGUCUGUCUGUGUCUGUCUGUCUGUCUGCUGUAAUGUGUGGAUGUGUAUGGGCAACGAGUGUGAAACACACACCGCCGUGUCUGGGUGAAUGUGUGUGUGGAGCAAGCAAUGGGUCACAGAUGGAUGGAUGAAUGGACACACACCGGGUGUGGUGCAUCGGUCGGCCUGUCUGUGUGCACAUACACAGAGAGAGAGAGACAGAUGUCAGCCGUCAGCCACCAUGUGCAGCAAACACCAAGAAAACCACCGACCGUCCGGCCGAUCGGUGUAGUCAGUCAGUCAGUCAGUCAGAUGGGGAGAGAGAGGCAAAACAGACAGACAGACACGGCAGCCAGACAAUGAUAAAUGUAUGCAUAUGUAUAGUGACGUGUCCAUCAGGCAGAUCGACAGAGACCGACCGAUCGGAAAACCCCACGCGCACCAUUGCAGCCGUCUAUGUGACCGGCAGUGCCCCUCACACUGUCACCAACACCACCGCCCAGCCUGACACACACAUGGAAAGACAGACAGCAUUGUGUACGUCGUGAGCGCAUCUUCUGCUCGUGUCAGUCGUGUUUGAUGCACACAUACCUCAGCUGUCUAUGGGCCGAAGAACAUGGCUGAGAUGACGUCCCCCAGCACCGCACGCGCCAGCCGAUAAGUCACUGGGAAGCGGUUCUUGAAGGCAUCGCCCACGCCAAACACAGCCGACUCGGUCGUGUAGAUGAGCACACCCACUGCAAAUGGAUGACAAGAGAGCACAGCAGAUGAGAGUGAGUACUCCAUUGUAUCUCCCUCGCUGUGCUGUGCUGUGCUGUGCUGUGCUGUGCUGGGGUGACCUUCAUUGUAGGGGAGAUCCUCGACGGUGAUCCACGCGACGAAGGGAUGGCCGGUGCCCGUCAGGAUGAGACGACGCGAAGUGUAGCCGGCAGCGAAGCGGGUUGAUGUCGUGAUGCAUCCCUCCACUAGUGUGUGGGGACUGUGUCACGAUGGUCUGGAGCCGGUUGUUGUCGACGUGCCUGACCAAUAAAGGCACACACAUUCAUCAGUCACUCGUGUGUCCUGACCAUUCCCACACAGAGUGAUGCCCCGCCUCACCUGUUGAUCAUACGGUAAGUGCUGUUGAUCUGGUGGGUGCCGCUGAAGUGGUCGAGGACGAUCCUCUUGACGAACGACGACACAGAUGCGUAGUCUCGAGCGCCCCAAGUCAGCUGCCAGCCCAGGGCCGGGGCAUGUGCGAUUCUGCUGCGGACUGGCGGGUCAUGUGGCUGUCGGUGCUGCUGGUAGGGGUGGUUGGGAGGGAGGGGCGGGUUGAUGUCGAUCUCGAAGCCAGCCUGGUCCUGGAUGGCCCGCAGUGUGUUGCCGUACUGGAACAGCUGAAAGGUCACGCCGUUGCCGAAGUCGAUGUGGGGGCCGACCAUCUUGAGCUGAGCCAACACACGGGGAGCGGCCAAAUACGCCUGCACACACAACACAUCAACACACCACACCACACACCCAUUGAGAGCCAUCCUUUCUCCCUCCCUCCCUCGGUUGGCUUACCGUCUUGUUUGGGUAUUGGUGCAGAUCAGCCGAAGUGAGCCGCACAGGCAGCUGGCAGUUGCCGCACUGCCCCGCCAGCUCGAUCGCCUCGCUCAUCUCACUCCAGCCGCCCAUCUCCGUCACACACAGCGCCGCCAGCAGGUCACCCACACCCAUCUGCUGCUCGUCGAAGGUCAGCAGCUGCUGUCCGUUGGCCGUCCACCGCAGCCCCGCCUGUGUGCUGAGCUCAUCGUCUGUUGUCCAUUGGCUGAGCAGAUGCCGCAGCUGAUCCGCUCCGAAGAGAGCUCUGGACCAUUUGCAGGUCUUCCUCAGACGCAGCACAUCCUGCAGCGGAAAAUCGCUGCCGCGGUGGGCACACACGUACCACACGGAGUGCUGCUGCUGCUGCUGCUGGUGGUGCUGCUCGGCGUGCUGCAUGGACCACAGCUACAAAACCUCUCACUCACACCGUCAUCAAAUCUGACACGGAGGCCACACACAGAGGGCAUGUGUUUUUGGUUGUUGUUGUUUCCUCGCCUGAUCUGCCUGCCUGCCGUUCUGACUCCACCCAGGGCUUUGUCACUGAGUGUUCUAUUGCUGGUCGCUGCGGCUCAGCGACCAACCGCC